CCGAGGGUGGGCAAAGGCAACACGACCCGGUGGAGGGCGGCGCGGAGGGUGGCGCUGGCGGCAUGAAAGGCGUCUUUGUGCGGGACUUGGGGUGAGGAGGCGGUGAGAAUGGCGAGAGCUGAGCCCGGACCUGGAGGCUGGGGCUCGGGGACGCCGCCACCCGCCACUCCUCAGCCGCGCUGGAAAGAUCCGGGUAGUGCCGGCAGGGGGCGGUGUGACGCCGGAGGGGGGUGAGGUGGCGGAGAGAUCGCGCUGGCUGGAAGGGUGCAGCCCCUCUCCGGGCGCUCACUCCGCAGUCUAGGAGGCGAGAGAGCGGCCCCCGAGGCGGAGCCUCCCUCCUGCCCCCGGGUAUCGCUGCCCCCACCUGGGGGGGAGAGGCGGGCGCCGCGCUGCCCUCCCUCUGCGCCCCCGCCGCGUGGCUUGCGGCUUAUUUUCCCAGCUGGCAAGCGUCGCGCUGCAGACAAGGGAAUGCCUGUGGUCCUGCGUGCUCAGGAGCUCAGGGGCCCCCUGAUCCCGCCAAGCCCCCUCCAGGAGCGGAAGGGUUAAGAAUGAUGAGGAAGAAGAGAAAGCGAGGCACGUCCCCCGGUCCAUGCCGCAGCCACGGCCCCGAACCCGCCACGGCGCCCGUGCCGCCGCCCUCGCCGGAGCCCACGAGACCUGCAUGGACGGGCAUGGGCUUGAGAGCAGCACCUUCCUGCUCCGCCGCCGCCGCCUCCGCCGCUGCCGCCGGGGCUGAGCAGCGCCACCGUCCCCAGCUCUGCCCGCCGCCCCUGGCGUUGCUGCUGCUGCUGCUGCUCAGCCUCGGGCUGCUCCACGCAGGUGACUGCCAACAGCCGGCCCAAUGUCGAAUCCAGAAAUGUACCACGGACUUUGUGUCCCUCACUUCACACCUGAACUCUGCCAUUGACGGCUUUGACUCUGAGUUUUGCAAGGCCCUGCGUGCCUAUGCUGGCUGCACCCAGCGAACUUCAAAAGCCUGCCGUGGUAACCUGGUGUACCAUUCUGCUGUGUUGGGUAUCAGUGACCUCAUGAGCCAGAGGAACUGUUCUAAGGAUGGACCCACAUCCUCUACCAACCCCGAAGUGACCCAUGACCCUUGUAACUAUCACAGCCAUGCAGGAGCCAGAGAACACAGGGGAGGGGACCUGAACCCUCCCAGUUACCUUUUUUGUGGCUUGUUCGGAGAUCCUCACCUUAGAACUUUCAAGGAUCACUUUCAGACAUGCAAAGUGGAAGGAGCCUGGCCGCUCAUAGAUAAUAAUUAUCUUUCAGUUCAAGUGACGAAUGUGCCCGUGGUCCCUGGAUCCAGUGCUACUGCUACAAAUAAGAUAACCAUCAUCUUCAAAGCUCACCGUGAGUGCACAGAUCAGAAAGUGUACCAAGCUGUGACAGAUGACCUGCCGGCCGCCUUUGUGGAUGGCAGCACCAGCGGUGGGGAUGGCGACACCAAGAGCCUGCUUAUCGUGGAGAGGGAGAGCGGCCGCUACGUGGAAAUGCACGCCCGCUACAUAGGGACCACGGUAUUUGUGCGGCAGCUGGGUCGCUACCUGACCCUCGCCAUCCGCAUGCCUGAAGACCUGGCCAUGUCCUAUGAGGAAAGCCAGGACCUGCAGCUGUGUGUGAAUGGCUGCCCCCUGAGCGAGCGCAUUGAUGAUGGGCAGGGCCAGGUGUCUGCCAUCCUGGGGCACAGCGUGCCUCGCACCUCAUUGGCGCAGGCCUGGCCUGGCUACACACUGGAGGCUGCCAAUGCUCAGUGCCACGAGAAGAUGCCAGUGAAGGACAUCUACUUCCAGUCCUGUGUCUUCGACCUGCUCACCACUGGGGAUGCCAACUUCACCGCCGCUGCUCACAGUGCCUUGGAGGACGUGGAGGCGCUGCACCCGAGGAAGGAACGCUGGCACAUCUUCCCGAGCAGUAGCCACGGGACACCCCGUGGAGGCGGCCAUUUGUCUGUCAGUCUGGGACUCACAUGCUUGAUCUUUAUUGUGUUUUUGUAGGGAUUGUCUUUUGUUUUUUUUAUUUUUUGUCUAUAACAGAAUUUUAAAAUAUAUAUUGUCAUAAUAUAUUGAGUAACAGAGUAUAUAUGUAUAUACCAUGUAUAUGACAGGAUGUUUGUCCUGGGGCACCCACCAGACUGUACAUAAUGUGUGUGACUGUUCCAAGUAUGUUGGAUGUAGUGUUCUUCGACUGUAUUGAUUUUGUUUUGCAGUUUUGUGAAAUAUUUUAUAAUGUCCCUGCCGGGGGACCUGUUAGAAAGCACUUUAUUUUUUAUAUAUUAAAUAUUUAUGUGUGUACCUGGUUAGUACGUAUAGUACAUAUACACAGACGCCAUCGCAGCGUUCCCGCUGAAGAGGACCAGUGACGGUGCUCGUGGCUGUCCCUGGCUGUCCGUCCCUGCCUUCUCCCUUUGCUACUGAUCUGCCACAUUGGGUGCGCAGCUUUCACUGGCCUCCUGCUGGCGGAGCUGCGUCCCUUGAGCGAGGAGGUCCUUACUCUCACUCCGUGUGGAAGGACAGCUAACUAACUCCCCGACAGGCACUUUGGCUCUUGUGAAACACACAUCUCUAAGCAACCCUCGCCCUCCUUCACAACUGUCACUUUUUCAAAGGGCAGGGAGUGUAUUACUACAGUUUUCAUUAAUUAGGAGUGUUCUGAGCAAUGAGGGAAUGUGAGGUUGAGCCAUAUGAAACUGCUGUUUCUAUUAGGUCAGAAGGGGCUGGUGAUGGCAAUUUCAUAGAUAAAUACCAGGCAUUUUACUAGACGCCAGGAGCUCUCAGACAUUUCCUCCUCCCGUGUUCCUGUUUAAACCGUAUCACGCCUUGCUCUUCUCUGUAUCAUUUGUGCAAGCCCAAGUUCUAAGCCUUCUUUCCUUGGCUGUUUAUGCCCAGAGACACACUGCUCCCUGUUCCACCCCCCCGUAAACCCUCCUCAACCUCACCUGAUGAACCCAGAGACUAGGCCUUGUUAGAUUCUCUCUUCAUGUCGAGGCCCAGAUCCCAUCACAAGGUGUGCCACUCUUCCUCGCCGUCCACACCGUGGCCUUCACAGUCUCUGGCGCUGACGUGUCUGUAUGCAUGAGGGAAAGGAUAGGGUGUUAAAUGACAGGAAAACUUUGAGGGCCUGAGCCAGUAAGUGGCAAAAUGGGCUCUGGUGAACCCAGACCUUCUCACUGAGCAACGUUGCUUCCCAGGUGGUCUCUCUAUCUUUAAUUAAAUAUGCUCCUUUGUAACAUCUAUAGUGAUAAUAUACUAGUGAGUGCUCAUGUCACUUGGUAAAAUUCCUAUAAAGUAAAAUACCUCCUUCCAUUUCACCUGUUGGCACGCCCUUGCAAAAGGAAAGCACCAUCCACAAAAUGCAAGAACAAUGAGGAAGUGAGUUCUACCUAGGGCAGGUGGAUUUCUAUUGUAUCUAUGUAAAUGUUUGGUUCCAAGGAGAAACGAAAGAAUUUGUACCUUACCUUACUCAGAUUUACAUAAGUGCAAGAAGAAAGUUAAUUUUAUAUACCCCAGCAAUUAGGAUCCAACUUGUGCUGAAUUUUAGAUAGCCAGGUAUCUAAACCUGGGGCCUGCCUUUUGCCAUGCCCCAUUGAUUAGGGUCACGGCCAGAGGCCCAAACUGGCAGGAGAAGAGGAUUUUGGUUCGUGAAAUUCUAUUUCUUAGUGAACUGAUGAUCCAAUUACAGCAUGGAGCUGUGGGUUCAUCUAGAGGUGGGAAACUGCUCUUUUUCUGAUCUAGGAGAGGAUAGUCUUGGGAAGUCUGGGAAAAUCACAAAGGCACCCUACUUCUUACUUGAUAAAAAGACACAAUACCAGAGAAGUGAAACUGAACUUGUUACCCUUCUGUAAAGACGCGGGGGCCUACCUACCAUGAGCUCUGAACUGUGGCUAUUUCUGUUUACCUACAGAACAUGUGCCAGUUCAGAAGCUAUAGUUAGCUAGUAAUUUUGUUAGGUAAUUGAGUAGAACAAAGGAGGAAAAAUAUUUAGAGUAUAACCACUAUUCUUGUGUGAACAGUAUAAAAGUGAAGUAAAAGCAAUAGAAGUUUCUACAGUGUCUGGCUUUAGAGUGUAUAUGGUUCAUAUUACCUUUGUCCUCUUUAGGGAAAGCAAAAUCACCACCUCUACUAAUAGUUGGGGAAAGAAACAGGUUGCUCUGCCAUAUCCUAGCUGGGAAGGAUGCCUCUAAGCAUUCUGUUUCACUAACAUUUGUGCCAGUGUGUUUGGCUAUUCUCCCUUUAUAAUCAGUGUCCUCCUACAACAUUUACAGUCCCCACAGAUGACUAAGAAAUACAGAUGCUUCUCUAGAGAAGGGCCAGCUUAUUUUCCAUUUCUUUUCUAGGACUUUUAGAGAAAAUAGUACUUGUACAUUUUGCUUCUUGCAAUCUUCCUUAACCAAGAGUUUCAGGUGAUCCCACCACAUGGAUAAGAUGUAGCUAUUCAAAGGUCUCCUGGGGGAGGUUAAAACUUGAGGGAAAACACUGGUUUUCACAGAUGCUCCACAUGGCUGUCUUUAAAAGACUCAAAACAUUUUUUUGUCCUUUUCUUCCCUUUGUUAAUGCUUGGAAAUUCCCACAGUGUGUCGAGUCUUUGCAAAGAAACCUUUAGAUGUGGUUCAUAGGUAUAUGGAUAAGUAUCUGUGUAAAACAGUGAGUGUGCAGUGUGUAAAUACUUUAAAUUAUUAUGCUAGAAAAAUAAAGUUACAUACCAUGCUGUGGAA